CAGCUCGGACAGAGUAACUUUCAGUGCCUAGAAAUCAGAACACAAGGCAUAUUCAUGAUAUUGUCUUGAAUAUUGGCAAGAUAUCUGAGACUGAACCAUCUGAACAUACAGAAACUCAGUUCACUUGAACUUUUUUUUUUCACUGAGAAAGGGAAAAAGGAGAAAGAUUUCAUCCAUUAAUUGGAACUUUACAGCAGAAUCAAGAGAUGGCAUUAUCAGAGAGCGAGUUUGGCAUGAAGGGAAGCAGCAUUAUAAGGGAAUGGAGUGGACAAGUCCAACCAGCGCUCAUCAUUUCCUUCAUUUUCCUCUUCUGCCUGGAGGCCUGUCUGUGGAUCCGCAACCUUGCUCUCAAGAAAAGGCUGCCAGGGCCCUUUGCAUGGCCACUAGUGGGCAACGCCAUGCAGCUAGGCCAAAUGCCCCACAUUACCUUCUCCAGGCUUGCAAAGAAGUAUGGCAAUGUCUACCAGAUCCGACUGGGCUCCAAUGACAUAGUGGUGCUGAAUGGACACACAGCCAUACGACAAGCUCUCAUACAACAUAGCACAGAGUUUGCAGGAAGACCAAACUUCAUCUCCUUUCAAAUUAUAUCUGGAGGGAAAAGUAUGACAUUCGGCAGUUACAGCGAACAGUGGAAGGCACACCGGAGAGUAGCUCAAUCUACCUUGAGGGCUUUCUCAUCUGCAAACAGCCAGACCAAGAAGGCCUUUGAACAACAUAUUGUGGCAGAGGCCAUGGAUAUGGUUCAGAACUUUCUCAGGCUGAGUGCAGAUAGAUGUUAUUUCAACCCAUCACAUGAAUUUACAGUCGCUGCUGCUAACGUCAUUUGUGCUCUCUGCUUUGGAAAACGUUACGGGCAUGAUGACCCAGAGUUCAGGGCACUUCUGGGUAGGGUAGAUAAGUUUGGAGAGACAGUGGGGGCUGGGAGCUUAGUAGAUGUCAUGCCUUGGCUUCAGUCUUUCCCAAACCCAGUGCGAAGCGUCUACCAGAACUUCAAGACUAUCAAUAAGGAGUUCUUUGCUUAUGUGAAAGACAAAGUAGUGCAGCACAGAGACACAUUUGACCCCGAUGUAACGCGAGACAUGAGUGAUGCAAUCAUUAGUGUGAUUGAACAUGGAAAAAAUAACAUGUUGUCUAAAGACUUUGUGGAGGGAACCGUGACAGAUCUGAUUGGAGCAGGGCAGGACACUGUAUCUACGAUUAUGCAGUGGAUGUUGCUGCUCUUAGUGAAGUACCCAGCCAUGCAGACCAAGCUCCAGGAGCAGAUUGAUAAAGUGGUUGGCCGUGACAGACUGCCCUCAAUGGAGGACAAGAUCAACAUGGCCUACCUGGAUGCUUUCAUCUAUGAGACCAUGCGCUACACCAGCUUCGUGCCUGUCACCAUCCCCCACUCCACCACCACAGACGUCACCAUCGAGGGCUUCCACAUCCCCAAAGACACAGUGGUGUUCAUCAACCAGUGGUCUGUGAACCACGACCCACAGAAGUGGCAGGACCCCCACAUCUUCAAUCCCUCAAGGUUCCUGGAUGAAAAUGGAGCCCUUAACAAGGACCUGACCAGCAGUGUAAUGAUUUUCUCCACAGGUAAGAGAAGAUGUAUUGGUGACCAGAUUGCCAAGACAGAGAUCUUCCUGUUCUUAGCCAUUCUGCUGCAUCAGUGCACAUUCAAGAGUAACCCCUCUCAGACUCUCACUAUGGACUGCUCAUACGGGUUAGUACUGAAGCCGGUCAAAUUUUCAGUUACAGCCAAACUAAGAGGGAGACUCCUUGGCUUUGUGUCACCAGCAUAAAUUAAAGAAUGACUUGCCAGCCCCUGAUGCUCAAAGCGAGCAAAGACUGAUACAUUUUCAAAUAUAUGACAUAUAACAGUGAGCAUUAAUAAACAAGCACUGAAUGCUGUUGUAUAUUUAAUAUUUAAAGAUUAUUCACACAUUUUGGGUAAGAUGUAUCUUUUAUUAAUGGAAAAAAAUGGUCAUCGUAUUGUCUGAUAGUUAAAAGGAACUGAGACAGUCUUCAUCUCUUCUUGACUAUAGGUAAAAUCUGUAUAUUUACAUUGUGUAUUCGAUAUCCUGUGUUUAAACAAUAUAAGCUAUGUGAAAAAAAAACUUUCAGCAAGCAGUGCAUAAUUGUCAACAUUAAUGUAGUCAUAAAAAAUAUGUACUUUAGAAUUGUUGAUUUGCAGAAAACUGCUUUGAUAGCUUCAGGUUCCUCUUUUGGUUCCUAUGAUUUGAAGAAAAUACUGUAUAUGUAUAUGAUUUACUCAGAUCUGUAUAAAGUCAUAUAAAAUGUGGAUUAUGAGUACUCAUAACUGAUGUAUUUCAGGUAUUUUAAAUAUUAAUCAUCUACCUUACAUGUAAAGCCAUCUACUGUAUCCAGAUUAAAAGAAUAAAUAGCUUGACAAGUUUGUAGGUAGUAAGAAAGUAAUGAUCAUAAUCUAGUAGUUACCAUGCAGUAAGUGAGACAUUGUGUCACUGGGAUAAAUUAAAGUGAAUUUUGUGGCUCUUAUGAAGAGUGUCCAUAAGAGAUCUUGGCCAAGUGGACUUACUUAGUCUUUUUCUUCCAAAUCCUGUUUUUAUAUUUCACCUGUCAUUACAACCUAACUCACACUGGUUUCCAAGAAAUUACUCAUGAUGAAAUAUUUUGUAAUAACACUUUUUUAAGUGCUGCUGCAAGCUAUGCCAUUAAUUAUGUAUUGAGAAAAUAAUUCAGCUCUUUUAAAGCAAAGAAAUAAAAUUAUUUUUGAAUGUCCGUGCAAGCAGCCAUAUAAAUUAUGCAUUGUAUUUUCCUUUCUUUAUACAAAUUGAAAAUAAGCUAAUUUUGAAGUGAAUUAAAUAAAAGUAACAACUUAAAACAA